AAGGUGAUAUCGCUCUUGCAAAGACUCCAUCUCCACGUCACAAAUCCACAACAAAGGACACUCCAUUCGACAGUCUUCGGAUCCGACCGACUCUUGCCUCAGGACUCGCCACACCUUUCCUCACUUUUAGGACCACCUCAAGUACACCCUCCAAGCGUCCAGACUACUUCACUAUGGCUGUCCGUGCUCAAUUCGAAAACUCUUCCGAUAUCGGAGUCUUCUCCAAGCUCACCAACUCUUACUGUCUCACCGCCUUGGCAUCAUCGUCCAACUUCUACUCGGUCUUCGAGGCCGAGCUCCAGGACGUCAUCCCUGUCAUUCACACCACCAUCGCCGGUACCCGUAUCAUCGGACGUCUCACCGCUGGAAACCGUCACGGUCUCCUCGUACCCAGCACGACCACCGAUCAAGAGCUACAACACCUCAGAAAUUCCCUCCCCGCCGAGGUCGCCCUCCAGCGGGUCGAGGAGAGGUUGAGCGCUUUGGGAAACGUCAUCGUCUGUAACGAUUACGUCGCGCUCGUUCACCCGGAUUUGGACAGGGAGACCGAGGAGAUCAUUGCCGAUGUCUUGAAGGUCGAGGUAUUUAGGCAGACGGUGGCAAGCAAUGUUUUGGUUGGGAGUUAUUGUGCUUUGAGCAACCAGGGAGGUCUUGUGCAUCCCAAGACCUCGCGGUCAGAACAGGAUGAACUUUCGUCACUGCUCCAGGUUCCCCUUGUCGCCGGUACGGUAAACCGAGGUUCCGACGUGAUUGGAGCCGGGCUCGUCGUCAACGAUUGGUGCGCUUUCGCCGGACUCGACACUACCGCUACCGAGAUCUCCGUCAUCGAGGCCACAUUCAAGCUCCAAGGACAGACUCAAUCCGCGGUGAUCGAUCAGAUGCGAGAUUCGUUGAUCGACACUUACGCUUAAAAAGCUAGCAAGAGCGCGGGUGCGACGGCGGCGUGUUGCAGUCGAUUGUCACUGUUACUAUGCUACUCGGGGACCGCACGCGGGACCGGAAAGCGCAGGUCCCUCGUUCUGAACUCGUUGACGAUGUAAAAUUGGGUCAUCUAAUGUCGAAACUGUGUCAACUAUCGAUCUUCUUGCCGCAACCGGAACGGAUACGCGUGAUUGUGGGGCUGCUUGUCCAUUUAGUUUCGGGCUACUUAAUGCGGGAAGUGAUGUCCAAGUUAUCUGCAUGUUUAGACGGGAAUCUAUGUCAUCGCAAAACUCUGGCAGUCAUUUCCAG